AUGAGUGAGGUCGAUGCCACUACCCAGCCCGUCGAGGCUCCUCCCGCCGAGCAGCAGGAGACUGCCGCUGCCGAGGAUACGUCCAUGAUCAAGACGACUGCGAAGACAGACCACAAGGAUAUCAAAAAGAACAACAAGUUUGACCCCAGUGUUCGGGAGGUGACGGAUGACCCCGAAGCUAUUCGCAAGCAGGUUGAAUUCUACUUUGGAGACUGGAACUUCCCCCAGGACAAGUUUAUGUGGGAAACCUGCGGCGGCUCCGAAAACAAGCCCAUGCCCAUCACUAAAAUUCACUCCUUCAAACGGAUGCGCACCUUCCAGCCCUACAGUGCCGUCGUCGCCGCCCUUCGCGACAGCAAAUUCCUUGAAAUCUCAGGCGAAGACGGGGCCGAAGUGGUGAGGCGCAAGACACCAUACAAGCCCAUGCCCGAGGGCAAGGCCAAGGCCGAGGCCGCGACUGUCUACGUCAAGGGCUUUGGGGACGAAAACCCAGAUACGCAGUUCGAUUUGGAGAGCUUCUUCGCCCAGUUUGGCGAGGUCAAGGGCCUGAAGCUACGCCGUACCAACGAGGACCUGUUCAAAGGCUCCGUCUUUGUGACGUUUGCAGAUGAGGAGGCUGCCAAAAAGUUCCUCGCUACGGAACCGAAACCUACCUGGAAGGGACACGAGUUGAAGAUGAUGACCAAAAAGGCCUACUGUGAAGAGAAGAGCGACCUCAUCCGCCAGGGAAAGAUCGAACCUAGCUCUAACGGGCCUAGGAAAUUUUUUGAGGGCAAGGAGGGCAACUCGCGACCCGGCAGAAAGGGUGGCCGUAGUCAGGAUGAUUGGAAGAAAAGGCGCGAGCACGACCAGAAAAACGGCUUCCGAGACGGACGCGGUGGACGCGGACGAGGAGGUCGCGGUGGCCGCGGUCGAGGUUUUGGUCGCGGUGGUAGGGAUGGCGGCCGUCGGGAUGAUGAACAGGUCAAGGACGCCACAUACUCCGAGAGUGCUCCCGAAACAAAGGAAUCCAACGGAAAGCGAGCUCGGGAGGAGGAUGCUACUGGCAGUGAGGAGCCUGCGGCCAAAAAGGUCGAUGCCGGGGAGAAGGCGGGGGCAUAA